AUGUACUAUCCAUUUCAGUCCCAAGGGGAAUGGUCUUUAGCCAAGUUUCUUGCAGAAAACCUCACGCAAACUCAGAUCAAAAGAUUUCUCACUUUACCCUGGUUCCAUGAUAAUCCAAGGCCAUCCUUUACUUCUGCAGAAGAGCUGCUUGGAUGGAUGGAUACUCUUCCCUCAGGGCCAAAGUGGCAGAGUACCACUCUAGAAGUCAAGGGUUUCCAAACAACCAAUCCUAUACAGUUGAUUUGGCAUGAUGCAGAGGAGGUUGUAUGGUCCUUGUUUGGAAAUCCUAUCUUUGGUGCCAACAUGAUGUUUGAUCCUAUCCUGGUCAUGACUGCUCUUGGGUGGGAGUAUAGUGAAUGGUUUUCAGCACAUGAAGCCCAUCACAUCCAGGAUUCCCUGCUGGACAGUGCAACAAUUGUACCUAUUCUUGCCACAUUGGAUAAGACCCCUGUGACAAGGAUGACAGGUGGACUAGAAAUGCACCCCCUCUUCAUCAGCAUUGGUAAUAUUCCAGGGCACAUCCACAUGGCAGCCACCUCACAUGCAUGGCGAUGUGUUGCAUUCAUGCCAAUACCAGCAUUUGAUGUCCCCAAGGCAAACCAAAUGAUCCUGCAGAUGCAUGUUUGGCACAAAUGUGUCAAUAUCAUUACCACAGGCCUGAAACGCUCUGCAGACACUGGAUCCAUGAUGCCAGACCCUCAUGGACACCUGCAGCAUUGUUUCAUGCCAUUAGUGGUGUGGACUGCUGACCUCCCUGAACAACUAAUGAUUGCAUGCAUCUCCAAGAGUGCAUCUCCUGUUACAGAAGCAACCCACAAGCAAUUUGGUGAUGUUCAUCACCAAUCAUCUCGUACCAGCGGUCUCACUCUCCAGCACAUUGAACAAGUCACUCAGAAUGUUCACCCAUGGGAUAAUAUGAACAGUUUUCAAAGACAGGUGAAGAUGCUACAAUUAAAUGUCUUACUUGGUGAUGAACUCAAUGUGCAAUUCAAGUGUCACCACAAAUGUAUUGCAGUAAGGCACUCUGCAAGUGGUGUUUCACAUGUCAAGCAAAUGAUGGGCAGAGAACACUGCAACAUCCAGCACACCAUCAUUCUCAUGAUAGCUGGUUGUGUACCUCCACAGUUCCUCUGUGCUGUACAUGCUCUUAUCAGCUUCAUAUACCAAGCACAGAGUCCCAUGCAUAUGGACAGUUCUGUGGAGGCAAUGGAAUUGUCAUUGCAUGAAUUCCACACCCACAAGAAUGCCAUUAUCGAGGUGAGAGCUAGAAUGACAAAAUCAGGUGGUGCAAAAGAUGACUUCCUCAUCCCAAAGUUGGAGCUUUUUCACAAUUCUGCAGAGGUGAUUCAUAACAGCGGUGGGCUCAUACAAUAUACUGCAGAUGUCAGCAAGUGCCUUCUUAUCACUCACUGCAAGCACCCAUUCCAACAUACUAACAAAGGCAAAGACUUCAUGGACCAAGUCAUUCAAUUGCUCAAUUGUGAAGAGUCUAUGUGGCAGUUUGACAUGUAUUCAUUGAUACACUCAAGUGAUAUACCCCUCAUCAAUGCUGUUUCCAUGGAAGAGGAAGAAAUUGCCACAGCAAAUCCAAUGCUUGCAUGGGUAGAACGUGUCCUGCCUGAACAGCAGUGGCAACUCCAAGGUCCCCACCCAAUCUACAAUUACUUUGCUAAUGGCAUCCUUGCCAAUCAUGCUCAAACCGCCCUCCACAUCACGUCACAUCCAGAUGAGACUAACUUGUCACUGAACAACAUCAUGGAACAAUAUAGCCUCCCUGACUUUCAAGACCAUUAUCUAGAAUUUCUUCAAUUGCAUUCCCUUGACAUCCACUUUGACUCAUGCACCUUCAACCAUAUUGCUGUGUGGCAUAAACUCCAUGUUCAACUGUAUUCCACAUUCUGCACUUCUACAAUUCUCCUGUGUCAAGUUGUUCAAGCACUGCAUACCUCCCCAGAUUUCCUGCAUGGGUGUUGUGACAUUGUUUUAAUCAGCCCCCUGAAUGAUGCCAGUUAUGUGGCACAAGUUCACAUCAUUUUCCAGCCUUGUGCAUGUCCAUGCUCCAAGGUGGAAGCCCCUCCACAUCUCAACAAUCCCCUUGUUUAUCUGCAGCCUUUCCAUGUCAUUGCCACCCCAGAGCAGCAACCAGAGCUGCAGAUGUGGACACUGGAAAGGUGCUUUUCCAACAUGGAAGGCAAACAGAAACGAGAGGGCCAUGUCAUUCCCAUUACUUGGAUUUCACAUGCAUUAGAGCUCAUCCCUGUAUUUGGCAGUGAAAAAGCGCCAUCCACUGUAUCUUCCACAACAUCACAAGAGCUUUAUAACUGUUUUUUUCUCAACCACUUUGCAGAUAAGGAGGUUUUCAAUACAUUCCAUGGAGUGGGGGUUCAGUUUGUUAGUGGUUCUGAUGGGGAAGCAUCUGAACACGGACAUUCGACCAAUCGGAUGCAUUUCUCACAUGGAACACACACGCCUCGGACUCGACAGCUAUUUAUUCAAGCACGCAAGGAGUGUAGGCGCGAAAAGAGUCUAGGACACCUCGGUCAAGUUCUAGCUGGCGUAACGUCUGCGAUCUCCUCAGACGUAAAUUGUGAUGGAGCAGACAUAUUCUGGGCGCGUGCGGAGGGUUGAUGCAUUGGGAAAUCGCUAGUUUAUGUUCGAAGAGCUCGCAGUCCUCGACGCCCAAAUUAUGCCUCAAAACAUUGAGGAAUCGCCGCUCCAACUCCUCGAUUUCCUCUGGGCAGAGAAACUGGUUCACCUCUGUUCAAUAGCGACUGUCAAGCGAAUUCGGGUCCCCAGACGCUAUGAAAGGGAAACAUCGAUCAGGUCGGGCUAAGAUAUGAAAGUUGGG